AUGAAUGCUGAAACCACUAUUGACGUGGUUUUUGAAGGUUCCGCCGUUCCUUUGGCUAAUCUUUGUUAUUGUUUGGGUUGCAGAAAAGUGGUGAGGUUGUCGAUUGCCCAGGUUUUAACUGUGAUUUCUCAUAAGCAAAAGGUCGCGUUGAUGGAUGCCUACAAGAACAAAAAGUACUUUCCCCUUGAUCUCCGCCCNAAGAAGACCAGGGCUAUUCGCAAGAGGCUUACUAAGCACCAGAAAGGUUCUUUUAUCCCGAUUGAAAGUCAGCGACAUUCGUACUUGUCUCUGUCAAUCUUUACAUACAAUGCUAAGUAA